GAAAAGAUUUUCAGAUAUUUGAAGAAUACCCUCCGGAGUGUAUCUCGAAGAGGAAAGUCUCCUAGCCAGGAUUUCCAGAGAGGAAUCUUAUUGGCCACAGCCACAGUAAAAGGGUUAAGGACAUCACAGAGGACAGGGAGAAAAACUGUCUACUGACACAACCACAGCAAUGAAGCUUUCCGCCAGCCAGUUCUUUGUGAACAGGCCACUGUAUUCAGAGGAUGCUUUCAAAACAGACAAUGAAAAAGUGCAAAGACAACACAAGACUUUACUGGAUCAUGUAAAGGCUUACUUCAGCUGUUCUAAAAAAAGAGCCAAAAAUGCAGCUUUGUCACUGUUGCCAAUUAUUGGUUGGGUCAGAAUGUAUCGUGUCAAAGAAUGGCUUCUGAGUGAUCUGGUUUCUGGACUCAGCACAGGGCUGGUGGCUGUUCUGCAAGGUUUGGCAUUUGCAUUACUGGCUUAUGUUCCCCCUGGUUAUGGAUUAUACUCAGCAUUUUUCCCUGUUUUAACUUACUUCUUUUUGGGCACAUCAAGACAUAUCUCAGUAGGUCCAUUCCCAGUGUUGAGUAUGAUGGUGCAAUCAGUGGUCACUAGAUUAGUGCCAGAUAUCGGGUCUCCAGCCAACAUAACAGCUUUUGAAGGCUUGUCACAGGAUGAACAGCGUGUGAUUGUUGCCUCUUCUGUGUCUUUCCUAGUGGGAAUCUUUCAGCUUGCACUAGGAGUGCUUCAAGUUGGCUUUAUAGUGAUUUACAUGUCAGACACUCUUAUUUCGGGCUUCACUACUGCCGCAGCCGUCCACAUCCUGGUGUCUCAGCUGAAAUUCAUUCUUGGACUUCAGGUUCCUGGGAAAAGUGGGGCUUUUGCUCUUGUUUACACACUGAAGGACAUUUUUUCUGUUAUCGAAAAAACAAACAUAGCAGAUCUGGUUACAGCCAUAAUUAUUAUGGUUGCUGUCUUUGCUGUGAAAGAAGUCAAUGACAGAUUCAAAGAGAAGCUUCCUGUACCAAUACCUAUUGAAGUGAUCAUGACGGUGCUUGCGUGUGGACUAUCCUAUGCAUUUGACUUCAAAACCCUGUACAAUGUAGACAUUGUUGGCAACAUAACAAAAGGAUAUGAAUCCCCUCUUGCACCAAAUUUUGAAGUUAUCCAGCACAGUGUAAUGGAUGCCUUUUCAAUGGCAAUUGUUGGAUUUGCAGUUGCCUUCUCUGUUGCAAAAGUGUAUUCCGUUAAACAUGACUACAUUAUUGAUGGCAACCAGGAAUUGAUAGCUUUUGGUGUCAGUAACAUUUUUACCUCGAGCUUCAGAGGAUUUGCUUCAAGCACAGCUCUUUCAAGGAGCGCUGUGCAAGAGAGCACAGGUGGAAAAACUCAGCUUGCUGGGUUGCUUUCAGCUUUAGUGGUAAUGAUUGUCACAGUAGCCAUUGGAUUCCUCCUGGAACCACUUCAAAAGUCUGUGCUGGGAGCAUUGGUGGUGGUCAACCUUAAAGGGAUGUUGAUGCAAGUAACAGAGAUUCCAUAUCUGUGGAAAAAGGACAGACCUGAUUGUGUUGUCUGGGUCGUGACUUUCCUUGCUGCUGUUUUUCUUGGUCUUGACCUUGGACUGGCCGUUGGUCUAGGGAUUGAACUUCUCACUGUCAUCUUUAGAACACAGUUCCCACGAUGUACUGUUCUGGCCAACAUCAAGGGAACUGAUAUCUACAGAGACCGCAAAGAUUAUAUGAGUAUCUAUGAACCAGAGGGCAUUAAAAUCUUCAGAAUCCCUUCACCAAUUUUCUUUGCAAAUGUAGAUUUCUUUAGGGAGAAGCUGAAUAGUGCAGUUGGAUUUAACCCACUCCGUGUGUUACGCAAGAGGAACAAGGCUCUGAGGAAAAUAAAGAAGCUUUUAAGUAAGGGAGAGCUGCAGAUAACAUCGAAAGGUUUACUGUACACUGGCUCGGGACCAAUUGAAGAGUCCGAAGAUGAAAGCAAUAUGGAGGAGCUGGACAAGCCCAAUGACUUUGAAGGCCUGCCUGUUCAGAUCAACUGGAAUGCUGAUCUUCCAGCCAAUAUCGUUGUCCCAAAAGUCGACGUGCACAGCCUCAUACUUGACUUUGGAGCUGUAUCAUUUCUUGACAUUUCCGGAUUGAAAGGUGUAAAAACGACACUAAAAGAAUUCAUCCGAGUGGAUAUAGAUGUCUACAUUGUUGCAUGCGACAGUAAUAUUUUGGACAAACUACACGAAUGUCAAUUUUUUGACCAUGAAAUAAAGACCUCCAUCUUUUUCCUGACCAUUCAUGAUGCCAUGCUACACAUCCUGGAGAAACAUCCCAACACAGGUUACGAAAUAAAACCAGGCAUGAUCAAUUCUCUAAACACCUAUGAAAAAAACAGAGAAAAUGGCCUGAGAAAUCGAGAAAAUAUAGUUUCAAACCCCGAGACGAAAUUGUAGAGGGCACGAUCUUCUCCCUUGAAAAUGAUCCUCGAAUUAGAAAAAGACAAGGCAUGCAGCUACUAUUUGGGUGUUAGUUGAUUUCAUUGUAACCAGAACAUUCAUGCUACUUCAUAUCUAAUUUUGAAAAUGAGAAGCCCAGGGAAAUGUGAGCUUUGGUUAUUUUCUUAUUUCAGUCUUAAAAGCUGGCUGUCAAUGCUUUGCAUUAGGGGAAAUUUACAUUUUUGCAAAACAUUUUAUAGCAUGUCACACGAGUGCUAGACGUUUUGAGUGGCACUACCAUUACAAUUUACUGUUUGUAAAUAGCUGGAAUAGUAAAAAGACAGAUGUAUAACUUCAGUUACAUUGGGACAUAGAUUCGCAAUUGUUUUGGACUGCGAAUAAAAAAAGGCCCUGCCUUGCCCCCGGUGCUGGCUGGGAUAGGCUCCGGCUCCUUGGUCACUCUGAACUGGAAGAAGCGGUUGGAAGCGGUUGGAUGGACGAAAACACAAUGUUUCUGAGCAAGACCGUCUAUCAAGACUUGUAAAGAUCCAGAGUGCCAUUUCCUAUCCACAACAAGCCACCCUUCUUUAAUGUUGUAUAGAAUUAAAAUAUUUCUUCUUUAAUAAAAUGGUGCCUGAAAACAUUAUGUACAUAGAAAAGAUGUUAAAAUAAUCUUUAUAACCUGUAAUAAAUGUAAUUCUUUUUAUUA